AUGGCGCCGCAUUUUGUGUCUGCGUCAGUGCUGGAACGAGCUUCGUCACACGGCGCCGUUCUGGACCCGUCUGCGGGUGACCUGGGCCGCAGUUGCCGGGAGGUCAAGGCGGCGAUCAACGGAAGGUUGUCCGGACGAGGCGAAGUACGGCAAGCCGCCUCCCGUUGGUUCCAGUCCAAGUCUCACUUCCGGUCGCCCGGCGUGGUCGACUACGUGCUGGCCGACAUCGGCGAGACUGCGCUCCUCAUCCGCGCCCUGACCUGGGUGCAGCGGUCCUCGCAGGACCCGCGCGUAUGGAGCUUUGUGAAACAGUGUACCGAGUCCAUCCAUCCCGAGACACCAUCCACGGUGGCGCAAUUUGACAGCAACUGCGCCAAUGUGCACACGAACCUGUGCAUCCUUCUUGCUAUGCAGCGCGACGCGCCCCGUCUCCCUCACUCAGCCCUGGCACACGGCUCCAUAUUUUCGUUCUAUUCACUGAAACCACUCCCCGUCGGUACGCUCGCAAGUUCCCCGCAGGAAAGCGAGAUCCCUGGACAGAUCCUGGUGGCUGACCUUAAACGUUUCGUGGCCCAAGGCCAUACCCAUUCCAUUGCCACAGAGGAGCUCUCCGCGAUUUUGCAACGCUUGACGGGUUGGGAAGACGAUGCCGGCGGCCGUCACGAGAAAUCAAGACCCGCUCUGUGGCGAGCGACGAGCGUAUGGUACCAGGAAGCGUUACGGAUGAUGGUUCAGAUUGAGUCCGGAUUAAGGAGGCACCGAGGCCUCCGACUCUCGAUCUUCAGAGAGGCUGUUAAUCAAGGCAAGCUUGUGGUCGCGCCAAACAGGACGCUGGUACUUCAUGACGGCGAGACCACAGCCGCGGACCAUGAAGCGCUACUCCUGCAGUAUUUCCCGCAAGUCAUGCCCAGUGGCGACAACGAAUAUCUCAACAUGUUCUUUAUUUCCGCCGUCUCUUGGCUCCAGCUCCGAGAACCGUCGUCCGAUGACGCUUCUUGUUCUGCCAUCGAAGCCAUUUUAGAGAAGAUAAUCAUCGCCAUCGAGAGAACUCUCGGCGAGUACCACGACCGAAGGUACCCCAACGAUGUACCCCUCACACCCGAUCUAUUCCAAUGCUUGCUCAGUGGACUGUACCAUCUCGGUCGGUUCAGCCUACCGCCGCUCUGGCCCACACAAUUCCUACGGCUGCUGCAUACCCUCGAGAAAGCCUUCUACCAAGUACCCUUGCAAUCGCAGGGCGGCAGACUUAUUACCUGGAGACUGCAGAGUAUGCUCCAAGCUGCGCACGUGGGGCUUACGACAUGCAACGAGCCCGCCUGCAGGUGGAUGUCGCAUUCCUACGACGACAGUGCCGGCGCCCGCUUCACGGAAAGCCCUAUUCAGAGUCCGUUCCUCGGACCUAGCGACGGCAACGCCCACGUUUACAAACCAGCCGCGUUUGCCGCAUCUCCGCGCUCUACCAUGUCUCCUGCUUCAACUCUCACCGUUAUUGCCUCUUUCCCCGCGGAGUACCUCGAGUAUCUAGAGCUCUCAGCGAGAGAAGACGGCCGCAAGGCCUCGCACGACAGCGUUCCGGGCAUAGCGCCGCCGCCCGCUGUCGCGGGUGCGAACCAGAGCAGCGAUGACAAGGACGCGUCCCACUACGAUGGUGCGCACAAAAGCAGCGUCAGCCAGCCAGCGCCCUGCAAUGGUGGCUCGCAUACGAACAGCGUUGGCGAGGACGCGCUGCGCAGUGAUGUUGUGCUACUGGUCGAGCCUCCUAGGAGCUCGAGUGGAGGACCUCAUGCCGACGGGGUCGCCAUCAUUCCCGGUAGCGCCCCCGCCGCAUCUGCUGUGCACGAGCCCAUACUUCAAGAUUUGGAAGACGAGACGAUAACUCUGCGCGAGAUGCAGGCACCGAAGCUUCAGAGGAGAGGAGCACGAACUCCGAUAGCGCGUUCGAGGUCGGCGGAGACACGAGGGAAGUCAGGAUAA